AUGGCCUGGACCUCGCUACCUCCAGAGAUAAGGCUUCUGGUCCUCGAAGCUCUCGUGGAGGACGAUGACUGCAACUUUGCAGACUUGGCUGUAGUUUCUAAGGAGUGGAAGGGAGUGAUCGAGCAACAAAAUUUCCAACGAAUCAAACUCACACCGCCACGUAUCGCUGAGCUCGAUACGAUGACACUUCGUAACCGAAACCACGUACGUUACUUGUGGUUUUGCCUAGAACUCGAACGAUACGAUUGUCCACAGUGCACUCCUGAGGAUGAGCUUGUUCCCUUUAUGAACACCAGAGACAUUACUCUCAUCAAGGCAGCAUUUCACCAUCUCUUCUCAGUAAUCAGCAACUGGGCACCAGAUAGCUGUCUGUCACUUGAUAUAAGUGUCUACUCAGCAAGCGACCGAGACCAUUGGUUCAAAUAUCUAACCUUUGAGCCUGAUGCCCCGCCAAAGGCGGGUAGGCAUGAUCAAGAGCUGGAUCCAGAGACAGUGCUGGCUAGGCAAUAUGACCACAGACAUCAAUGGGAAGAAUCUGACUUGGAUCGGCAUCCUCAGCAAUGGCAGAGGUUGCCUCUGGUUCCUCUGCAAUCUGCUAUUGAGAAGGUCUUUGUCCAGAUCAUGGGAAUUGGCGAUAACUAUAACGCGCAAGACAAGGAUUGGUGCAGGCAGUUGCCACAAGUACCAGCAGUAACACGUAUCUUAUUGCGCCAACAAACCCGCCGUCGGUGGAACUAUGCCGACCUUGCUGAGAUUUUUGCUCAUCUUCCUAGACUGCGUGAGCUUUGGUAUGAACCUUGGAGAGAGUGGGAUAAUGGUUUUCAGGAAAUGAAGGAUGAAGAAUUUAUAAUUGACCUUCUUCAGUCGCCUCCCCUUAGGAGGCUGAGUAGUUUAACUAUCUUCGAAAAUUUCAAUGACCGGUAUGCCCAAGCCUAUAUGCCAAUACAUUGCGAGGAAGUUCGGACUCCAAGCUUUGAUAUUAGUCAAAUGCUUUCCAGCAUCAGUGUCAACUUUGACCAUCUCUCCGCGUCGUUCAUGGUAGAUGCGGGCGAUUUCUUCGGGGCCGAAGAGUGCCAACCCCCUCAGAGGUGGCCAAAUCUGAAGUCUCUGGUCCUUACCUCGGAGAUGCUUGACCCAUAUGAGAGUCAUACCAACAUUAUGGAUAUGCUUCGAAAAGCGGCAUUAAGGAGUGCUUAUAUGCCACAGCUCGAGACCAUGGAAAUAUGGAAUGGGGGAGUAGGUCUCGCGGCACUCUUCAGAUAUGAUGGACGAACUCAACCUUCCAUUCUUGAGUGGAGAAGCACCUGGGAUAUUAAGCUGGGACUCUCCGUUAUCCGGGCUUGGGAAGCGGUUAGCAUGAGGCGGUCGGGUCGCGGAGUGGAAUUGGUGUACGACAUGCUUGAUAGCGAGAAUAUCCAUUCUCACGCUGACGCUAUACUCGCACUGGAUUUGUCAGAGCUCGUCAUUCGGCCUGUUUCGUUGCAUCAAAUCCGGAGGAAACACAGUUGGCGCCGCAUUGCCGACAUACUGACAUAG